UCAUCCCGGCUCGGCGCAAAAUAUAAACUUCGCUAUUGUGCGAGCUGCAAGCCCAGGUGCCACAUUCAGAGGAACAAGCUCGCUGGAGUCGAGUGACACUAUGAUAUCCUCCACGAUAUUCUUGCUGUUGGCUGCAGCGAUUUUGUAUGGUUUAUUUAGUAUAAUAUCAGGCCUCAGAGCUAACGUCGCCGCGGCAAAACAAUCCGGUUUACCUUACUUCCUUGUCCCAUUUGCCCCGUGGAACCGAAUAGGUCAAAUAUUCGCUGCAAUAUGGGUUCCGUUGUUUAAGUGUCUUCCACGUAAAUAUUGGCAAGACAUUGAGGAAAUAUUGGAGUCGGGUUGGCAAUAUCAGCACAACCACGAAUUAUUCACCAAGCUUGGUGAUGCUUUCUUGAUUGUCUCACCCGGGAAAAUCACUUGUUUCACAGAAAAUGCAGAGGUUAUCCACCAAAUUACCUCUAAGCGAGAGGCGUUUCCGAAGCCGACAGAUGUAUACGCUAUUCUUGGACAGUAUGGCCAAAAUGUGUUGACACUGGAGGGCUCUGCGUGGCGCAUGCACCGCAAGAUUACAUCUGCAUCAUUUAAUGAGAAGAAUGCCAGCCUAGUAUUUAAAGAGUCUAUUAGCCAAACUCAAGGUCUGAUCAACUUAUGGCUUGGCCCUGAUGGGCUCGGCAACAAAACGUUCAGGACAAUCGAACAGGACACAGCGUCACUCAUGCUUAACAUUAUCGCGAACAUUGGUUUCGGUCUCAAAAUUCUCUGGCCAGGCCAAGAAUUCCCCGCAGAUGCCGAUCCAAGAUUAGCUAAAUACGCCACGCAAGAAGCACCCGAAGGACAUUCAAUGAGCUUCGUGAACGCCUUAGCGCUAACCCUCCAGUACCUCAUCCUGCUCAUGGUCGCACCAAAAUGGCUUCUCAAAAUCGUCCCCAGCAAGCGUGCAAAAGAGGCUUUGGAGGCAGAAAGCAACUUCGUAAAGUACCUCAAUGAAUUCCUACAGGAGAAAAUCGAAGACGUGCGGACAGGAAACAGCACAGAAGAAGGGCUCGAUAUAAUGGGCUCAUUGGUACGCACAAGCUACGGCGAAGAAGCCGCCAAAGCCGCGAAAUCAGAUAAGAAAGGACCACGAAUCGCGCGACUAAGCGACUCGGAAAUCAUCGGCAACGCUUUCGUUAACAUCGUCGCGGGCCACGAAUCUACCGCCAACGUGUUGCACUUCGCUCUUCUAGAAUUAGCCACUCACCCCGCGUCACAGAGACGAUUGCAGAAAGAACUAGACAGCAUUUUAGGCAGCGCGGACCCGACAACCUGGGAUUAUGAAGCUAAUAUCAAUCCCCUCCUGGGCUCUAUGAUCGGCGCUACCAUCAACGAAACCCUCCGCAUGGUCCCGCCCGUCGUCGAUAUCCCGAAAAAGGUAUCGCCUACGCAAGACCAGCCUAUUACUAUAGACGGAGUGCGCUACCUCCUCCCGCGCAACUCGAAUAUCGGCAUGGUAGCUAUCGCCUCGCAGCGGAAUCCUCGGUACUGGCCUACGAAACCUAGUAAAAUCACGUCCGCGGAGACGGAUAUCGAUGAUUUCGUACCGGAACGAUGGUUCCAGAUAGAAGUAGGCCAUAAAAGUGAGGCUGAUGGUACGGUGGUUGAGGGCGCGGAUACGGAACACUUUGGCGGAUACGUGGGUUCGGAUACUAGUGCGCAGUUGUACCACCCACCGCGUGGUGCGUUUAUCCCGUUUUCGGAUGGUGCGCGAGCUUGUCUAGGUCGACGGAUGGCGAUUGUGGAAUUGGUAUCUGCGCUUGCGGUUACGUUUCAGAAGUACAGCAUUGAACUUGCGGUGGAUGAGUGGGCUAGUGAUGAGAAAGUGGCUACGAUGAGUAGGGAAGAGAAGGCUGAUGUGUAUAAAUUGGCGCAGCAGAAAUCGCGGGAAACGAUUAAGGGGGCUACGAGUAUGAUUACGUUGAAGCUACAUGGGAAUAAGUUUGUUCCUGUCAGGUUAGUUAGGAGAGGUGAAGAGAGGUUUGUGAAUUGGGUUGAUGCGUGAACGGCGGAUAGGGGAGUUGUCAUUUUGCAUAAGAUGGUUUAUAGGAUAAGAGGCACAGGUCACAAAGGGGGAACAUUGGAAAGGCUUAUAGUAGUGCAUGAAUUGAUAUAUCAUUAUUGAUAAAGUUAAAAAUGAUUAUAUUUAAUCAUAAGAAUUGUGUAAAGACUAAAAGACUAUACUUAUGACUUAUCACGAACCCUAAGUACAACUGAAGCAAA